GUGGUGACAGAAAACGCCUGUCUGGAUUUUGAGGCUUGAGCUCCCCUUAGUGGUCAUGUUACGUCAUUAUAAAAUAAUGACCGCGGUUACAAAACUUAAGUCUUGUGUAACAGCCGUCAGCUGUUCGGUAACAACGAUUGUGUGCGUAAAGCGGCACAUGUGGUCUAUGCUUUUCGGGGUAGACCGUAAGAAAGUGACUUAAAAAGACUUGCCAAUCACCUUCCGAUUGACGAUGCCUCAAACUGGAGAAGAAGACGGCGAGCUGGCCGUGGUCAGAAGACUCCUCAAAGAAGUGCUGCGGGGUCGGGAGGAUCCGGAGGGAUUCUUCGCGAUGUGCCUGUCUAUCUUAGGUCACCAGGAGACCCGUGCCCGGUUUCUGCCCGCCGUUCAGCCUCUGUCGUCGGCAAACCGCUCCUUGCACUCCACCCUCGUCUCCAUCUACGAAGAAUAUUUCACGAAGGCUGAAGACGAUGAGUUGGAACUGGCAGUGACCCUGUCUCGUCUUGAAACGCACGUUCACCCAAGAACACAGCUGCAGAAAUAUGAUGCGGUAUCCAAUCAAAGUGGACACGGCAAGGAAGGAGGGGGUACAACCUCAGAACCUGCACAUCAGCAAGAAACAUUUCUGAACAUGUCUGGUACAUGUCAAACUCUGAGUGCCAAACAGGGCAUCGGCGCAAAAAGUGACACGAUGGAAGACCAGUGUGAGAAAACAAAUCAUUCCAAAAGCAGACGUCAGCGUCGGAAAGCAGCAGCCCAGCAUGUCGUUGGUUUGCCGGACUCUCCAUCGGGGGCAACACCGGUGCUGCUUUGGGUCCGCAGGGACUUGAGACUAUGUGACAACCCUGCUCUUGUCGGCUCCCUGGAGUUGGGGGCCCCCGUCAUACCUGUAUUCAUCUGGAGCUCCAAAGAGGAAGAGGGGCCUGGGAUGACUGUGGCUACAGGAGGCGCUUGUAAAUACUGGCUUCAUCAAGCGCUGUCCUCCUUUCGCUCAUCUCUGGAGCGUAUCGGCAGUCAUCUGGUCUUCCUGGAGGUGAACGGAUCCAGCACUCUGCGUACGCUCAAAGAGCUGGUGAAGGAGACUGGGGCCCGAACGGUGCUGGCCAACGCCCUCUACGAGCCCUGGCUGAAGGAACGGGAUGACGAGGUGGCGUCAAGGCUGCAAAAAGACGGGGUCCAAUGCAAGAUGUUCCACUCGUACUGUACUCGAGACCCUUACUCUGUCAGCACGGAGGGUGUUGGACUCAGAGGAAUCGGAUCUGUGUCUCACUUUAGGAGCUGCUGCAGACAGAACCCAGCAGGCACCGCAUUUGGUGCUCCGCUGGAUCCACCCAUGUCGCUCCCUGUACCUUCCAGCUGGCCUCAGGGCAUCCCUUUGGACACGCUGGGCCUGGCGCGCAUGCCACUCAGGAAGGAUGGCACCACGAUUGAUUGGGCAGAGAACAUUCGCAAGUUGUGGGAUUUCAGUGAAGAGGGCGCCCAUGCCAGGCUCGAAGCUUUUCUUCAUGAUGGUGUGUACAGAUAUGACAAAGAGUCAGGCAGGGCCGAUGCCCCAAACACCAGCACUCUAUCGCCGUAUCUUCACUUUGGUCAGGUCAGCCCUCGCUGGCUCUUAUGGGACGCCAAGGGGGCACGCUGUCGACCGGCAAAAUUCCAACGCAAACUGUCAUGGAGGGAUUUGGCGUACUGGCAGCUCACGUUGUUUCCCGACCUUCCUUGGGAAUCCCUCAGGCCCCCGUACAAGGAACUGCGGUGGAGCAGCAAUCGUAAUCAUCUCAAGGCCUGGCAGCAAGGGCGCACAGGCUACCCUCUGGUGGAUGCAGCCAUGAGGCAGCUGUGGCUGACGGGCUGGAUGAACAACUACACCAGACACGUGGUGGCUUCUUUCCUCGUAGCGUACCUGCAUCUGCCCUGGCAAGAAGGCUAUCGCUGGUUUCAGGACACACUGGUGGACGCAGAUGUUGCCAUCGAUGCCAUGAUGUGGCAGAAUGGCGGCAUGUGCGGUCUGGAUCACUGGAACUUUGUCAUGCAUCCCGUUGAUGCCGCCAUGACAUGCGACCCGAACGGCAGCUAUGUGAGGAAAUGGUGUGCUGAAAUUGCAGAGCUACCUGAUGAGCUCAUUCACGAACCAUGGAAAUGCCCGGCGUCCAUGCUACGACGUGCGGGCGUGGUGCUGGGCCAAACAUACCCAGAGAGAAUAGUUACAAACCUGGAGGAGAGGCGAAGUCGCUCUCUUCAGGACGUCGCCCUGGUACGAAGACAACACGCAGAAUACGUGGACACACGCUCGGGCUGCGACCUUGUGCCUCUGCCGCCCCGCCUGGUCUCUGAGGCCCUGGGCUUAGCGCAGCCAACUGGAGGAAAACAAUUUCUCCUUCCUGUCAUCACACGUAUGGAAUUCAAACACCAGAUGGACGACCCGGACAUGGACGCCGCCACCAAUCCUUACAACGCCGUCCUCAAGGGAUACGUCAGUCGCAAGAGGGACGAGACUGUGGCGUUCCUCAACGAGCGAGACUUCACAGCCAGCGUCUUGCACGAGGGAGCCCAGAGAAGAGAGAGGCUGGAGAGUGACCAUCGCCGCAUGGAGGGGCUCCCGCCCAAACGACUCCCAACGCGGGGAAGAGCCAGACGCUCCACAAACACGAAUGAUCGGUUCUCUAUCCUACCAAGUGGUACUGUUCUUAUGACACACAGGUGAUCCAAAGCCACAAGCACCAGUUUCAGUCCCUUCCAAAUAGCUCAGAGUCUUAUUUUUCUGAUUGUUUCCAGCCUGAAAUGCCCAU